UUUAGUACGGACGUGGCAUUUCUAAUUCUAGCAUAAUAAUACAUGAUUUUUGUUGUUAUUUACGUGCUAAAUCACGCGACACUCGAUCGGCUGCAGUCAGACAGGUAGCUAACGGUCUAAACUUUCGAUUCGUCUGCGAGUGAAGAGUUAAAUGGAUCUUGAAUGAGCGCGGAACGAACUUGUUUGCGCGACCACCUUAGAGUGUUGACACGGUGUCCCUGUACAGCUGGCAUUGCCAUUGGCAGCUGAUUUCACAACUUCGUAACAUCUAACAUUCGAGGUUAUUUCCAAGGACCUAGCAGGGUUAGCUGCCGCAUCUUGAUGUCAUGUAUCAACCCGCACCUCCAAACAGCUACGGCGCUCCACCGCCUCCUCCGUCGUCGUCGCACGCCGGCUACGGGAUGCAGGCACCCGGAGUGGCAGCCAUGCACGGGCAGCCCGGCGGCCCGCCGCCGGCCAAGCAAGGAGGCGCCACCGUGUCGGGUCCAUACGGAGACUCCGCCGGCGUGAGUCCCGCUCCACCGCAGCAGCAGCAGCAUCAGCAGCAGAACACGGACAGCCAGCACAAUGGCUAUCCGUUCUCACCGCCACCGGCGCCCGGCGCCGCAACGCAGCAGGUGACGAGUCAGAUGGGUCGCAUGAACGUGAGCAGCGCGCCGCCGAGCGGCGCCGGAUACGGAUACCCGCCGGCGCCCCCUGGCGGCGCGGGGUCCCCGCCGCCGACGUCGUACUAUGGCCAGAGCAAUGCCGUGGCGCCGCCUGGCGGCUACGGAGCGCCGCCUACGCAGUACGCGACGUCGGCGCCGACGCCCAACAGCCAGGGGGCGCCGCCGCAAUACGGCCAGCCGGCGGCGCCCCCUGGUGGAGCUCCGUAUGGCGUCGCGCCUCCGCCGUCAUCGCAGUACGCCACACCCGCACAGCAGCAGCAGCAGCAGCACGCCCCAUACGCCGCGCCCAAACCCGGACCGCCCCCUACGUCGCAAUAUGGAGCCCCUCCCCCCGCAUCGCAAUACGGGCAGCCACCACCCACGUCGCAGUAUGGGCAGCCACCAGCCACGUCGCAGUAUGGGCAGCCACCGGCCACGUCGCAGUAUGGGCAGCCACCGGCCACGUCGCAGUAUGGGCAGCCACCGGCCACGUCGCAGUAUGGGCAGCCACCGGCCACGUCGCAGUAUGGGCAGCCACCGGCCACGUCGCAGUAUGGGCAGCCACCGGCCACGUCGCAGCCUGGGCCGCCGCAAGGGGCCGCCCAUCCCCCGGGAUCCUACCCUGGGCCUCCGGGCGCGCAGCAGCAGCAGCAGCAGUACGGAGGGCCGCCCAGGCCGGGGUACGGGGGGCCGCCGCCGUCGCCGGGCGGCUACGGGGCGCCGGACGCGGGGCAGCAUGGCGGGCCACUGCCGGCGCCCCCUGCUGGGCCGGGCUACCACCCGCAGCAAGGUGCGCAGAACGCGGCGCCCCCUGGUGGCCCGCCGGGGCCGAAUCGAGGCCCGCACGGACCCCAGUCUCCCGUCGGCCCCGCCCCCGGCUCGUUUCCCGGCCAGACUGUGCAGGCCGCGCCGCAACAGCGCCGCCUCGACCCCGAUCAGAUGCCAAGCCCUAUCCAAGUUUACGAGGAUGACAGGCGGAAUCGCGCCGGCGUGUUCGCCACGGGCCCCCGUGGCCAGGUGCCGCCACUUGUCACGAGCGAGUUCAUGACGCAGGAUCAAGGUAACAGCGGUCCACGGCUGAUGCGAGCGAGCGUCUACAGCGUGCCAUGCACCGCUGACAUGUGCAAGCAGUCACAAGUCCCCAUCGUUCUCAACGUCUGCCCCUUCGCACGCCAACACCCGCAAGAGAAGGCCGUUCCCGUGGUGAACAUGGGAGAGCUUGGACCGGUGCGCUGCAUCCGCUGCAAGGCUUACAUGAGUCCCUUCAUGACCUUCAUCGACGGAGGACGGAGGUUCCUCUGCAGCUUCUGCAACGGCCACACGGACGUUCCCCAGGAGUACUUCCAGCACCUUGACCACACGGGUCAGCGUCUGGACAAGUGGGAGAGGCCAGAGUUGCACCUGGGCACCUACGAGUUUGUCGCCACGAAGGACUACUGCAAGAAUGGCAAGUUUCCGAACAGUCCCGCGUACAUCUUCAUGAUCGACGUGUCUUAUAACAGCAUCAAGAGUGGCAUGGUGCACACCCUCUGUUCCAAUGUGAAGAAGCUGCUACACUCGCUGCCAAAAGAGUACGGCGCGGAGACGUCGGCGAUUCGCGUCGGAUUCGUGACCUACAACAACGUGCUGCACUUCUACAACCUGAAGGCAGGCCUGGCGCAGCCGCAGAUGAUGGUGGUAGCUGACGUACAGGACGUGUUCCUACCCCUCCUUGAUGGCUUCCUCGUAACGAUGUCGCAAGAUUCUGAGGAUCUCAUAGAUAGCUUGUUGGAGCAAAUCGAGGUGAUGUUCGCUGACACACGGGAGACGGAGACCGUGCUGGGACCGGUGAUACAGGCCGGACUAGAGGCGCUGAAGACGAUACUUGCCUCCCAGUUGCCGUUCUACAAGAACCUGGGCAAGGAGUGCGUCGAGGCGGGAUGCUGCGUCGACCUGUUCCUGUUUCCGAACGCCUACAUAGAUGUCGCCACCAUCGGCGAGAUUUGCAACGUGACAGGAGGACAGAUCUACAAGUAUAACUACUUCCAGGUACGGUGGAGACACUUCACGCGUGUGUGUGUGUGUGUGUGUGUGCGUGCGUGCGUGCGUGCGUGCGUGCGUGUGCGCAUGUUCACAGGCAUCCGACCGACGGACUUCCUCGGUAACUUCUACAUGUGCAACACGACGGACGUCGAGAUGGCGGCCGUCGACUGCGACAAGGCAAUCGCCGUCGAACUGAAACACGAUGACAAGCUCGUCGAAGAAGACGGCGUCUACGUGCAGGUGGCGGUGCUGUUCACGAGCGUGAGCGGGCAGCGGCGCCUGCGCUGUCUCAACCUGUCGCUGAACUGCUGCAGCCAACUGUCGGACAUGUACAAGAACUGUGACCUCGACUCAAUGAUCAACUACUUCGCUAAGCACUCCGUGCGAUCCGUCCUCACGUCUGCACCGCAGAAGAUCCGCGAGUCGCUCGUUCAGCGCGCGUCCGCCAUCCUGGCGACCUACCGACGCAACUGCGCGAGUCCCUCGUCGGCAGGGCAACUCAUCUUGCCGGAAUGCAUGAAGCUGCUGCCGCUCUACACGAACUGCAUCCUGAAGAACGACUCGCUGCAGGGGCUGGAGAUCAGCACGGACGAUCGCAGCUGGCUGAUGCACGUAACCAUGGCGAUGGACAUCACAGCCUCCGUACCGUUCUUCUAUCCGAGACUGCUGCCGCUGGUACGCCGGCCUCGCGAUGUCUAUUACCGCCUGCUUUCAGAUCUACGUUAA